GACAGACCCUUGCUUGCGUCUCCAUGCUUCCCACGCCGUUGGGAUCUGAUCUGGGAAAUAGGCAGGCAGGGAAAACAGAGCCAACAGCGCGAAAAAGGGAUAGAGAAAUCGGGGGCAUUUCCUGCAUGGAAGCGACAAGCUGCAGCAACACUGACGCCAAGGCAGAAAAUGCCCCAACUCAACAGCCGACAACUCCCUGUAGUAGCUGGGGUUUGCUGCGCCUCCGCCACAACAGCCGGGGCUCAAUCGAGCACAGCUCAGCCCUACCUGGACGUGUAUUGCAGUCAAUCCGUGGCCACCUGCUACCAACAGCCAUAGACGAUACCGGCGCUCAGUCUAUUUCCGUUUCAGGCGCAAUUAAGCAAAACUCACCGCAAAAUCUGCCUAGUUCGCGAUCCCUCAGAAACCCACGCGGUGGUGGUGGUGGUGGUGGUGGUGGCGGUGAGGAGGAGGAGGAGGAUGAUGAUGUUGUCGGGGGAUCGCCGGUGGGAUUCCCCAACUAACCUUCUUUCGACCUCAUUUUUUUUAAUCGAGGAUCCUCGGCCUCGACGGCUCGACGGGCGGUACCGUGUACGUGACUUCCCGGCGAGACACAGCCCCGGCAGCUGGAAGGGCUCGAGGAGGAUUGUGGUGGUGAGGCCUAUGGGAGAGGCAGAGAAUUGGGAAGCGGCACGGCCGCGACGGAGCUGAGCCCUUCCAGCAACCCUUCCAGCAGCCCACUCGGCAGACGGGCGGGAGAGCGUUGCGGCCGCGCCUGAUUGGCCCCGGUCCGUGGUGGGCGAGGUGGUGCUGUGGGCGUCAGACGGCAGCAGGCAGUGCGGAACACGAUUUGGUUAGCGGCCCAGCGAUUGCCUUGACGGCACUUGAUCAACCAGACAAGGCGAGAAAGGCAAGUACGUGCCGCAAUCCCACGCUGAAGCUUCUUUGACGUCCUACUGCGCUGGGCUGUCUUACAAACCCCGG